ACUAAUCAUUAGUCGUCCGCCAUAGAAAGUUGAAAGUUUUGAUUGUUUCCAUUUGCGGCACAUUAGUUAAAUUAUAUUCAGAUUUUUUCUUCCCAUAAUAAACCAAAUGGAGUCCCUUAAGCUCCUCCUGGUGGCAUUAGUCACCACACAGUUACUGUUUGGCCAGGGUUCGGCCGAUAAGGGCCACGAAAAGUACUCCAAAAAGGCCAACACACUACCCGAUUCGGAAAUUUACGAGCCGGACUUCCGCAACAUCCAGCGACCCUUCCGGAUGGCCAAGCUGAACCUGGUGUGGACCAAAGCGCAGCACCGCCUCACCGAACCGAAGCUCAAAUCGCUGUACACCGAGCUAAAAAUUCACGACAAGGAGGAACUGGCCUGGAAGCAGCUCAACUCGCAGCACAAGGACAAGGAGGGCCUGAAGGAGGCCGAACUGCGCAAGAAGCUGAUCGGAAUCAUGAGCACGUACGGACUGCUGGAGCACUUUGACGACACGCAGGAUCCGGAAAAGUACAAACACUACAAGGCGUACUCGGGCAAGGUCGACAGCUACAAGAACAAAAGUCUAUUCAAGGACAAAAAGCUGAACAAGCUGUGGGAGAAGGCGGAAACUUCGGGUUUUACUAAGGAAGAGCUUGAGGCUCUGAAAGAGGAGUUUGAGCACCAUCAGGAGAAGAUUGACGUGUACUACAAUCUGUUGGAGCAGCUGGGUGACAACGACGGAAAGGCUACCGGAGUGCACGAGAAUGCGGUCAACGAAGAUGAGCACGAUCGGUUCAACGAAAUUGGUGGCGCCGACGAGGAGGACGGUACGGACAUCAUGGCUCAGCAGCGCAAACAGGACUCGUUCCAGCAUCAGUCGAACCAACUAAGGGAAAAACAUCGUAACAUUCGGGACAACUUUGACCGGUUGGAGCGAAUCGCGGCAAAGGGACCGGACAGCCAGGACUUUGUCGAGCCGAAGGUGCAAGGACUGUGGCGGGUGGCAUUGGCGUCGAACUUCACGGCCGACGAGUUGGCAUCGCUGAAGGUUGAGCUGCUGCACUACGAGAGUCGGUUGCUGAAGCUGAGGCACAUGCACGCGGAGCACGCGUUGAGCAUGGAAAAGUACAAAGGUGCCAAGCAUGGGGACAAGGCCGAUACGCACCGGAUGAUGGAGGAGAACAUCAAGAAGCAGACGCGAAAGGUGGAGAAGAUUCAGGAGAACGUGGAAAAGCGCAUCUUUCAGCAUUCUGAGCUGUAAGAUUGGUUGAUGAUCUCUGGUGAAGAAUUUGGAGUGCCAAAAUAAGGUUGCAAUUAACAAUUCGUCCCGAACGCAAAUUAUUCUCGAAUAAGUGUAGGGCAGCUAGCCUAUUUUCUACUGUGUAUUGUAUGAGUGUAGUUUGAUGGUUAAAUGUGUAGUUUACUUUCCUCGUCGUUUAAAAGUGAACAAAUUUAUGUGUAUGAUAAAAAAAUAAACAAUAUCUUUUCUAAUCAA